UCAUCGCCGGGACCCCCUCGAGCCCCCGCGCUCGUUGCGGACUCGGAGGGCGCCGCUCGCCCAUUGGCCAGCGCGGCGCAGGCGGGAAAGGUGGCCAACGGCUCUGGCUGGUCCUCGGGUGCAGGGAUGGCGUCGGAGCCCGGGACUUCGGUGCCUGAGGACUCGGACCGAACCGCGAACUCCGGCGACCGGCGAGGCGAGGCGGCGGUCACCGCGCCCAGCCAGGACUUGUCGGCGGAGAUCCUGAAGGGCAGCGCGUCCCCGUCCCCGGUGCGGUCGGUGGUGGCCUCCUCCCGCCCGGUGAAGGGGAAGGCGGGCCGGGAGGCGGCCCGGCGGCGGCUGCAGCUGCUGCCCGCGUCUCAAGCCGAGGACCCCGGAGAGGCGGCCGCGGAGGAGGAAGAGCCCCUUCCAUCAGUGCCCGAGGAAGAGGAGGAGGAGGAGGAGGAGGAGGAGGAGGAGGAGGAGGCGGAGGCGGAGGCGGCGGUGGUGGAGGAGAGGGUGGAGGCGCAACCACUGCCGCCCGUCUGCGUGUCCCCCCUGCGGGGCAUGUGGCGGGAGGAGAAGGUGGCGCUCUUUUGCGACGAGGUGCUGAGGGGCUGCAAGGCAGAAGAUGCUGAUGAGGCUAUGAGUAACUACCUAUCAGAAAAAUUAAAGUUGAAAGAAAAAUGGCUUGGAGUCUGGAAGACUAACCCUGAGUUAUUCUUUCUGAAAUAUGAAGAAGCUUCUAUUCCUUUUGUUGGUAUACUGGUUGAGGCAACUUGUACACCACGCCAGAGCUCAUCAUCUUGUUUCAGAGUGACUGUUUCUGUUGCUGAGCCUUUUUCUUCUAAUAUUGCAAAUAUUCCUAGGAAUUUGGUUAAUGAGGUUUUAGAAGAACUAGAGCAUAGUGUGCCUCUCUUGGAAGUAUACCCUGUUGAAGGACAAGAUUCCGAAAUACAUGAUAUUGCUUUGGCCUUGGAAGUUGUAAGGUUUUUUUAUGAUUUUCUUUGGAGAGACUGGGAUGACGAAGAACAUUGUGAAAAUUAUACUGCUUUGAUUGAAGAAAGGAUUAAUUUGUGGUGUGAUAUACAAGAUGGAACAAUACCUGGUCCUAUUGCACAACGUUUCAAAAAAACUUUGGAGAAAUAUAAAAACAAGCGUGUCGAGCUCAUUGAGUAUCAGAACAAUAUUAAAGAGGAUCCCUCUGCAGCAGAGGCUGUUGAAUGCUGGAAAAAAUACUACGAGAUAGUAAUGCUCUGUGAAUUAUUGAAAAUGUGGGAAGAUUUACGCCUCCGAAUCCAUGGACCUUUUUUUCCAAGAAUUCUGAGGCGUAGGAAAGGAAAAAGAGAUUUUGGAAAGACUAUAACACAUAUUGUAGCAAAAGUGAUGACUACUGACAUGGUAAAGGACUUAUCUUCAGACACAUUUCUGCAACAGCAUGAUGAUUUGGAUUUGGCUCUGGAUAGUUGUUAUAGUGGAGAUACAGUAGUUAUUUUCCCAGGAGAAUAUCAAGCUGUCAAUCUUGCUUUAUUGACUGAUGACAUCAUUAUAAAGGGAAUUGGAAAGAGAGAAGAAAUUAUGAUUACUUCUGAACCUUCUCAUGACAGUUUUGUGGUAUCCAAAGCUGCUAAUGUGAAACUAAUGCACCUAUCUUUGAUACAACAAGGAACAGUGGAUGGCAUUGUGGUGGUGGAGUCUGGUCACAUGACUUUGGAGAACUGUUUAUUAAAAUGUGAAGGAACAGGAGUGUGUGUUCUUACAGGGGCUUCUUUGACAAUUAAGGACAGUGAAAUAAUCGGUGCCCAGGGUGCUGGUGUUGAACUGUAUCCUGGCAGCACAGCCAUUCUGGAAAGGAAUGAAAUUCAUCACUGUAAUAACUUCAGAACCAAUGACAGUUCAAAAAGCAUCUUAGGUGGUGUUAAUAUGAAGGUUCUUCCUGCACCCAAAUUGAAGAUGACUAAUAAUCAUAUUUACAACAACAAUGGCUAUGGAGUAAGCAUUCUUCCACCAACUGAACAGUUUUUUAUUGUAGCAGAACCUUGCAACAAAGGGGCUGCUUCAGGAGACAAAAAAGAUGAAAAUAAGCUCUCCAAAGUAAUGCAAAAUCUGAAUCUGGAAAUGAAUGAUAAUAAAAUGGAAGCAAACUUAAAGGGGGAUAUCAGAAUAGCCACAAGUUAAAGCACUGGGUUUAUGUUCAAGUUUUAUAUUUCAGAGAGUUUAAUAAAUCUGAUCUCCCACAUAAAUGGUAAUUCUAAUUAAAUUCAACUUAUUUAAUUAAAAACAUUUAAACAUGUU